CCUCACAUGCCACACAUGUACAUGUCAAAACAUGGGCGAUUCUCAAAUUCAGAUUUCGUUACGUCCUUCAAAGGGCAGCGCCUCAACAGUUCUUGGCUUUUGCACCUCCAUCUCUUCGUCUUCGCCCCCUUGUGUUCUCUCUGUUGCAUACGAUGCUAUCUUUGACCUCCCUCGCCCUGCUUGGUGCCUCUUUGGUGUCAGCUCAAACGUUUACCGCGCCUGUUCCAUCGUACAGCGCCACAUACUUGCCUUACAAUGCUCCAAACCGGACGGAGAAAGGCCAAUUCGGUACCAACCAGUGCGGAACCAAGAGCUCUCAAGACAGCGUGUGUCAAAACUCGUACCUGAGCACACUCGACGAUUUUUGUCUUUGGGCGCCUCCAACACCAAACGGUCUCAUUGGGAAUACAGAACGUUUGGAAGUGGCCUGGUGUCUUCGUAGUGGCUAUGGUACUCGUCUCAUUCCGCCUGGAGCUAUCACAGGCGCCCAUUUCAUUCAGACGCCGAACUAUCUCCAGGUCACGGGGAUAGGUGACCUUACGAAAUUGAACAUUGCCAAGGGCGAUUCUGGCGGGGAACUUGACCCUCAUGGUGCCGAUGGUCUUGGAAAUCCAAUCGGUGGUCUCGUCUUUGGUUAUGGUGACGGUGGUGUUCUGCGUCAGUACCAUGAAUGGACCAACUUCAUGGCCGAUAAAGAAUUCUGCUUCCGCGUGUGCAAGGACCAACCUGGUAGCACGCAGUAUUGCCAGCAUGUUUACGAUGUUACGGGGUGUGAGUGGAACAUGCCAGGAAAUUAUACCCAGGGGUUCUCCUCCUGUCAGGGUGACUCGACUCUUCCUAUGGGCGUCUACGUCAGCAAUGGCGUAACAUCUACCUUCCACCAAGGUCAACCAAGCACACCCUCGCCUCACCCACCAGGAAAAUCUUCCGAGUGCACCUAUUUCGCCACACUCCCUAACGUGAACUCUCCUGCUCCUACCCCGUCAGAGACCCUCUUCGGUACUUCCAUCGUUGGUGGCUCAUCGGUUAGAAGUACAACGGGCACCACACCUGUGAACACGUCAGGUGGUGGUGGCACCAUCACGAGCGGGGCAACGAGCGGUGUGACGUCCGGGUCGACCCCUUCCAGCACUUCGAGGCGCGGAGCUGCUUCACCUUUGCUAGCUUAUGCAAAUAUGGGUGCGCUCUCGGGUGCCGCUAUGCUCCUUGGUGCUUCGUUUAUCUUUGCCGUUUAAGUUUUGCAAAGUACAGUAUUAUUUUCAAACCAAAAAAAACUUUUGAUUGGAGGGGAGACGUCUUCCGCCGCCACUUUUGGUGGUGUUUGGGUUUAUGAACGCUGACGAUGUUUAUGUAACGUAUCAAUUGCUUUGUAGAGCCUUUUCUGUUUGGCCGUUCUCAUGGAUAUUUUGGGGUACCCCCGGACACUGUCAAGAUGUGCACAAGGUCGUGUCCUAGUAGCUAGAUUUUUUCUUUUCCCAUUUCCACCAUUUGUCCAACGGAUCUUCACGUCUGUUUGUGAUGCACUUUAUGUUACUCAGAUGCAUGUGCCGUUCGAUGAUCUUCAUAUGUUAUAUUCCCACGGCACCCAACCUAAUCCGCGAUGCAUGAGCAGCAGCAAUUCACCCUGAGGAUCUGGAACUGGCACCAAUGUUAAUUACCUAUCAUUUUGAGUCAGUUCAAUUUGUGGCUUGACAUCUCCGUGG